ACUUGACUUCCGGAAUGAGGCGCGCGAGUUUUGGGUUUUGCUGCGAGACCCAACAGCUAGCAAACAAGCUGACUGUUAGUGUUGUAUUGUUCAUCCCUAAGUUUGGUGGGCUAUUGUCAACACUUACUUUGAAGUUUCCCCUCAACAUGAGCCUAAACACUCUCGUACUUCGGAAUGAAACGUGUGGUGUGUAUAACUAACUCUAGGUGUUGUUCGAUUGCUGUGGAAUGGAUUCAUGCAUACAAAACAUGUACGACGCAUUUAAAGAUGAAAUCUGGAAAGAGCUGGGACCUUUGGACCCAAACUGGUUUGAGGUACUGACAGCCCAAGCUUCUUUGAAUGAAGGAAAUGUUGCCGAUAACGAUGAGUUGUGCGCCAACCAAGAGGGAUAUUUCAAGGUUCCUCUGGAGAAGACGGCAAUAGAAAGCCAGCUGUUUUCAACCCCUAAAGUUUUCAGACACUGUCAAAUUGUGUCACCAGACACUGAGGAUGAUUCGUCGUUCACAGCUGCACAGGAAAAGGAAAUGUUACCAUGGAUGCCAAGGCAAAGUCCCUGUUUGUUUCAGCCGCCAAAACUGUGUGUCUCUAAUUUAAAAUGUGAAGGUGUUCAGCCUCAGAGUGAGGCGAGUUUUGAUAUUCUGCAUUCCCCAGAGAAAUCCCCUGCCAGCUAUGCCAACCACAUUUCUGAAAGUCUCGGCGCACAGAUCAAUCCUGACAUUUCUUGGACCAGUUCUUUUAAUACACCACGAGCUUUGCCAUCUACUCUAAUUUUAUCUAAAACUGAUGAGAGUCCCUGUCCAGAGAGUGUUACUGCAGACAGAAAAGUUGUUUUUGUACGGAAGCUUUUCCCUUCACUUUCGAAUUCCUCCCUUAAGACAUCAAGAACUUCCCUAGGUCCAGUUUUCCCUGUGACUGAUACCUGCUCCGAGUCUCCAUUGAACCAGAGUGAAAGUCAUCAACAACAGAAAGUUCCAGAUGCUCUGGAAGGAGACGUUUGUAGCGCAGAUGCACCUAAAAGUUUCUUUUCUAAUAGUAGUUCUGCUCUGAGAAAAGUGAAACCUGACAGAGUUAAACGUAAGCAAAUAAUUCAAACAAAUGUAGAUGUCUGCAGCCAUGAAGAUACCUCAAAAUCAGACAAUGCUGCAUCCAGUGAAGAGGAUCUGGAAUCUGGGGGUUUGCCUUCAACCACACUGGUGAAAACUGGAGAUACGGCAAUCAGCCAGUGGUCUCCUCUAAGUCUAUCUGAAAUCUCAUCUUCUGCUGUGGGAAGCAAUAUGACACUGCCAGGGUACACUGACUCUGUGCAACCAACCAGGCCAACAUUGAAAAUUACUGACUCUGGAUUUACUCAAAAAAAGAGAAAGUUUGUUUACACUAUCACAACCACAAAAUCGCAAGCUUGUGGCCAAGACUUCCAGACAACAGAUCCCUCACUAAAGAUUUCAGAGUCUGAACAAGAAAAUGGCAAGCCAUUUGUGAACACCCCGGAUAAAGAAGAGUGUCAGAGGACUAAAAAUCAAAGAAAUAUUGUAGAGGAAACCAUAAAUUGCUCUCUUGGAACAAAACUCCAGGAUAUUGACAUGUCACAACUUUGUCGAGAUUUUGCACAGGACUUCAGCCAAAUGACAGACUUAAAAACUGGGGAGAACACGCAAAGGAACUUCUCUCCUGCGGCGUGUCUGUCUGCUAUGAAACAAACAAAACAGAACGGAAAGCCAGCUAACUUUCCCAAUGAUUACAGUUGUAUCAGUAAAAACAGAUGCAUCCCUACCAGUAAUCAACCAUUCUCAAUCAGUGAAGUCACUAUGAUUGACAGCGGAUUCCAAUCAGGUGUAGCAGACGUCACCCAUAUGACUUCCUCGUCAUUUGGUCUUCCGCUCUUAGAGAAUGUUGGCCAAAACCAACCAAAGCAGAGUUUCAAAACUGGUAUGCAUAAUUUUCCCUCAACUAAUGGAAGUGGAAAGCCAAAAUUUGAUGUUGAAGUGCCUGUGCAGAGGUCUGGCACAGGGCAGGCUCCGGACCAUGCAAUGGAAAUUGAGUUGCACAUAGCGAGCAUAUCAACAGAGGAAUUAUGGGACAGAGAAGAAACUGUUGGUGAAAGUAAAAGCAGCCAGCCACAAAAAACUCCUGUUUCUCUUCUGCCUGCUGACGCAUCAGGAUUCAAAACCGCCUCAAAUAAAGGCAUCCACAUAUCACUUGCUAACCUGGAAAAAGCAAAGCGUUUAUUUGAAGCGACUGAAGAUAAAAAGUCUUCUCUUGACAACAGCACCAAAUCCUAUCAUGGCAUUAUUUAUAAAAGUAAUUCAAUUUGUGAAAAAACAACAGAUACAUCAUCUGACUCAAGCCUGCCCUCCUGUGCCGGAAAGUCAUUUGGAAAUGUCAGUUCCCAAUUAACAGCCUCAGAAAAAGCCGACGUGACGGAACUUUGCACUCUCUUGGAAGAGGCAGACAGCCAAUUUGAGUUUACACAGUUCAAAUCUACAAAAAAGCUACCAAAUCAUCAAGAUAAUCACAAUCCUCCACAAAAAGAAGACAAGGAUCUUGACCCUGCUCUUCUUGCAGAUAUAGACUUUGACGACAGCUUUAGUUCUGAAGGUGGAAAGCACUCCACAGUCAUGAUGAAUGACAAAGUGGCCUCAGUUUUAGAAAACAGGACACAUGGAGAAACAGCAAAAGCCAUAAAUCGGUGCACAGGAAUGUCAGAUUUGCUGAAAACGGAAACUCAUUUAAAUUCUUUGUCAGGAACCAUUUCUGAAGAGAGGGAAUUUCUAAAGUUAGAUGAACCAAAUAUUCUUCCUCGGGCUGAGGAUACUGAAACUAGAUAUCUGGAGAACAACAAGGCUUUGAUCCAUAGUGAGGCAUUUAGGACAGCAGGUGGAAAUGUUUUGCAUGUCUCUAAAAAGUGUCUGAACAAAGCCAAGGCUUUGUUUGCAGAUUUGGAGAGAAAUUUGACAGAUCAGAAACUUUCUGAUAAGCAGAACGGGAAAAAUGCUGCCAUAACAGAACAGAAAUGUAACAGGGAUUCUGACACGUUCAGAAAGGACUCAGAAAGAAAGAAGGAAAACUGGGAUGUCGGAAGCAAAAUUGAGAAUUGCUUUUCCAAAUUAGAAGGGGUUGUCUGUUCAAAUAAAAAUGUUGGAAACAGGAACGACACCAAAAGUGUGAAAAAAAAUGAAAUUGACACAAUAAUCUGUGAAAAUGGAUUCAGAAAGGCCAGUGGGAAAGGAAUCUCCAUUUCAGCUAACUACAUGCAAGAGGCAGAUGCAUUUUUCAAAGACUGCCAUGUAAUGGAGCACAAAGAAGGUAAGAAAAGCUUUUCAAACUUCAAAAGCCCUCAGGUCAGCAUUUCUAAGAAGAGUGUCACUGGAUGCACUGAACUUGAAAAUGUAAAUACAGCCGUGGUCUCACAUCACACAAAAGAACGACGUCUGAAUGAAGUGGAAAGAAAUAGCAAGUUUACAGCAGCUUUGAAAAAUGAAGACGGAAAAUCUUUUCUGACUUCAAAGCCGUUCGCUAUGCUUCACCCAUCAAAGAGCACGGAUUUGUCUGCUUUUGAAGAGCUGUGCACAGGUGAUGGGUUUUGUACAGCUGCUGGGAAGAACAUUAGUGUGUCUGCUGCUGCUAUGAAGAAGGAUGAAUCUCUUUUGAAUCAGAUUCACGCACCCGAGGAGAUAAACAAAGAAACUAAUGAAAAAGAAAAGGCUUCAAAAACAAAAUGCCUUGGUGAUGAGCUAUCGAACCUAGAUGAUGGUGGUUUCCAAGUUGUUAAUGGAAAGAAAUUCGCAAUUUCAUCAGCACCUUUAAAGAAACCAACUCUGCUAAGAGAAUCUGAUAAGUCAGAGGAUGCAAUUUGUAUUUCCUCUCAGCAAUCCAGUCCCAAGACACCAGUUAUCCCAGUUACUAAUCUCUGGAGUGGUGGUUUUUCUGCAGCCAGUGGCAAACCUGUUGUCUUGUCAUCUGUGGCCUUGGAGAAGACUCAGACACUGGUCAGUGAUAUCAGUUUGAACAUGGAUAAGGUGGCAGAAUCUGCUCCAGUUAAAAAGGAUAAGAAACAUCAAACAGAACCAGAAAAAAUAUGCUCUGGUUUCACAACUGCAGGAGGAGCAAACGAUCAAAUGUCACAGGAAAAAUUUGAUGAUUUGAUUUUAGCCAAAGCAGUGCAAGAGGAAGAUGCUCUCUCCACCGACAGUGUUCUGGAAAGCAACAAUGUAAUGUUGGAGAGUGUGGGGAGCAAGAAGGAAGAUGAAAAACCUCAUGCAGAUCAAAGAUUUAGAACACACACACCUGUAGAGGCUGUGAAAGGAUGCUUCAAGGAUGCAGAUAAACAAGAGAAACACAAAGAGAACCUUUUACCACAAGCAAGCUGUGGAUUUAAGACAGCCAGUGGGAAAAAAGUUGAAGUUUCAUUUGAAGCUCUGAAGAAAGCAGAAAACUUGUUAGGUGACUGUGUAGGAGUCAUGGAUAGAGUGAAUGCAGCACUGCCAGAAUCCAAGGCUAUUGAUCUUCCAGUCAGAAAUGAUGGAUUUCAAUCUGCCAGCGGUAAACCUGUAGCACUUUCAUCAGAGGCCCUUCAAAAGGCAAAAUCUCUCUUCAGUGACAUCGGUUUCAGAGCAGAGGACCCAGAUACUUCACAGAUGAGGAAAAGUGGCAAGAAUCAAGACGGUAGCAACAAUACAGAGAAAAUGUCUUGUGGUUUCACAACUGCAAGAGGGGAAAAAGUUGAUGUGUUGCAGAAAAAUCUUCAGAAGGCAAAAGCACUUUUCAAAGAACUUGAUGAUCAGGUUUUAAGCAAAGCGGCACAGGAGGAAGAUGCUUUCUUUGCAGGAUGUGAUAUGGACAUUAAUAAGGAAAUGUUGGAAAAUGACUUAAAAGGUAAAGUACAUAUGCAGAGAAGCAGAAAGGCAAGUCUUGCAAAAUGUUAUACAGAUGAUGAGAUGAGGGUAAGCAUUUCUAUCCCUGAGUGCUCCAGCAAUGCAAACAAACAAGUGGAACAAAGAGAAAACAUUUUACCGCAAGCAAGGCGUGGAUUUCAAACAGCCAGUGGGAAAAGAGUCGAUGUUUCUUCUGAAGCCCUAAAGAAAGCAGAAACCCUGUUUAGCGAGUUUGAAGGAAUUCAGGAUAAAACAAAUGCAAUGUCAUCACAGUCCCAGUCUUCUGCUCUUUCGCUCAGAAACUGUGGGUUUCAUUCUGCCAGCGGUAAACCAAUGGCACCUUCCACUGAGGCUGUUCAAAAGGCAAAAUCCCUCUUUGGUGACAUCACUUCCAGUACGGAGGACUCGGAUUUUUCACAGACAGUAAAAGCAGAUGGGAAACAAGACAGUCGAAGCAAAACUCAGAAAAUAUGUUGUGGCUUUACAACCGCAAAGGGAGAAAAAGUUGAUGUGUCGCAGAAAAAUCUUCAAAGGGCAAAAUUCCUCUUCAAAGAAGUUGAUGAUUUAGCUUUAACAAAAGCAAUGCAAGAUACAGAUCCUUUUUUUAACCAAGAGGAAGGUUGGACUAUGGACAGUAACAGUGAAAAAUCAUCAGAACAAACUAAUAUGGCACCCGUUAAUGAAAGUGGCAGCAUAAAGGGAAACAUGUCUGAACUCAGAACAAAUACCGGUAGUAUUUGUGAAGAGCCCGAAAGCAGUUCCAUCAAAGCAAAACAGAAUGAAGGUGGAUUUCAGACGGCAAGUGGGAAAACGGUUGCUGUUUCAGCUGAGGCUCUGUCGAGAGCAAAACUUCUGCUGAGUGAAAACAAAGCAGAUGAGGAGAGCACUUGUGUUUGUGCUGCAAGUGGUAAACCAUUUUCACAUGAGGCCUUACAGAAAGCAAAGACUUACUUUAGCAGUGGAGUGGAGUCAUUACCUUCAGCAGCAGACAGCCGAAGUGAUGACCACAUAGAAGAAAAGUCACACUUGUCAAUUUGCAAUUUAAAUACUAAAAGCUGCAACCAGAGAUCUGACAUUAUACAAACGAAUAAAUCUUCAGACCCAAAAUUUCAGUUGCUAAACCUCACUGGCUGUACAGAAACACAGCAAAAGUUUCUUGCCCAAGAAGCUUUAGAUUGCACAAAAGCCUUACUAGAAGAUGAAGUUCUAGUUGGUCAAAGUCUGUUGACGACUUCAGAAGAUUUGCAACUGCUAGAUGACCAACAUUUAAACAAAAAAUCAGCUGAAGAGGACAAAGGGAGGAAAAGGAGAAGGGCUGAAGAUCUCAUUGCUCAGCCACCUUCUAAACGAAGGUUACUGGAAGAAUUUGACAGAACCGCUGAAAAUUCACGAGGUUCAGGACUCCACCCAGUGAAAAGUGGCCCAAAUGGGAUAAUGGACAGGGGUGUUUUCAUGUGCGGCGCCUUUCUUCAUCCAAACAUUACAAAGCCAAACAGGGAUGCAAAAAGCUUUGUGCACACAAGAUUACAAAGGACAAUCCAAAUGCCGCAUUCUGACCAAGGAGAUGGUCGAUCUGCAGCCUGCAGGAUGCCGACAUUUGUCCCACCAUUUUUCAAAAACUCAAAGAGAGAUGCACUCAAUAAACCAGAGGCCAGAGACCGCAAAAAAGUGCCUGCGUUUGUUCCACCGUUCAAAAAACAAAGGGUUGUCCAUGAAGAAAGUUCCCCUAAACAACAGGAGGACAAUAAGCAGCAUCACUCUUUAUGUUUGGAGACCAACAGCAAAACAGAUGCACCACUUACUAAAACAACCCAAAAUUGUGAAGAAGUUGUCACUUUAGUCAACACUCCAAACACUAAGAUGAUUAAUCAAAGUGUUCCUCUAAAGGUGGGAUCUGUCAGCUCUACUGAAAUGCUACAUGUGGAUGACAAGCUUUCCAGAAGCCAAGACAGGACUGAGAACAUUGGACUGGCCCGGGACAUGCAGGACAUGAGGAUUAGGAAAAAGAAGCGGCAGACCAUUCGACCGCUGCCUGGGAGCUUAUUUCUGACAAAAACCUCAGGGGUGGCGAGAAUCCCAUUAAAAGCUGCAGUCAAUGGAAAUAUUCCUUCAAGAUACUCGGCCCAAGAGCUGUAUGAGUGUGGAGUCCAUAAGUAUGUUCCAGAGAUCACCGGAGAGAACGCCGAAUCAUUCCGCUUCAAUUUGCUGCAGUUCGUCAAACAAGAAAUGUUAGCCGAUGGAGGUGGUGUUCAACUCGCUGACGGAGGCUGGUUGAUCCCCAGUGACGACUGGACAGCAGGAAAAGAAGAAUUCUAUAGAGCAUUAUGUGACACUUCUGGAGUGGAUCCCAAGCUGAUCAGUGAGCAGUGGGUGUACAAUCACUACAGGUGGAUUGUGUGGAAGCAGGCCUCCAUGGAGAAAUCAUUUCCAGAAACAAUGGGCAGCCUUUGCCUCACCCCAGAGCAGGUUCUCCUCCAGCUUAAGUACAGAUAUGACGUAGAGGUGGACCACAGCCGCAGACCAGCUUUGAGGAAGAUCAUGGAAAGAGAUGAUACGCCGGCCAAAACUCUUAUUCUCUGUGUCUGUGAGAUCAUCUCUAAAGGUCAGCUCCUACAUGCACAGAUCUGCAGUGACACCAAGAUGUCACAAAGUGCUAAAACCAAGAUGGAAACUCCAGUUGCGGUCGUGCGGCUUACAGAUGGCUGGUAUGCCAUCAAAGCUCAGCUGGAUGAACCAUUGACUGCAAUGCUUCACAAAGGUCGGCUUGCUGUUGGUGGCAAAUUGAUAAUCCAUGGAGCACAACUGAUGGGACCACAAGAUGGUUGCUCCCCUUUGGAGGCACCGGAUUCUUUAAUGUUGAAGAUAUGGUCCAAUAGCACUAGGCGUGCACGGUGGGAUGCUAAGCUGGGAUUCCACACAGAUCCACGACCAUUUCUGCUUCCAGUCUCCUGCUUGUAUAGUAAUGGAGGACCAAUAGGAUGUGUUGACAUCUACAUACUGAGAAGCUAUCCCAUGCAGUGGAUGGAGAGGAAAUCAGAUGGAGGUGUUGUGUUUAGGUCCGCUCGGGCAGAAGAGAAGGAGGCGAGACGAUUCAACAGCCACAAACAGAAAGCAGUAGAGUUGCUGUUUGCCAAGGUUCAAGCUGAAUUUGAAAAAGAAGAAGAAGGGAGUAUCAAAUGUCAGCGCAGAAGGCAAAUGGUUGGCAAGCAGGAUAUUGGGAACUUGCAGGAAGGAGAAGACUUGUAUGAAGCACUUGGAGAUGACCCUGCUUACUUGGAGGCUCAUUUAAGUGAACAACAGCUGGAGAGUCUUCAGGCCUACAGGCGCUCACUGAUGGAGAAGAAGCAGGCUGAGCUGCAGGACAGAUAUUGGCGUGCUCUGGAUGCAGAGGACAAUGAAAUGAGCUGUCCAAAAAGAGACGUGACACCUGUAUGGAGACUUUGCAUCGCUGACUCAAGGAUUCAGUCCAGCUGCGUAGUUUAUCAGUUAAACCUUUGGCGGCCUUCUUCAGAUCUCCAGUCUUUGCUGAAGGAAGGUCGUCGAUUCAAAGUGUAUAACCUUGUUGCCUCUGAUGGAAAGAAACCUAGCAACGUUGAAACUGUUCAGCUGACUGGGACGAAGAAGACACAGUUCCAGGAACUUCAGGUGUCACAAGAAUGGGUGUCCUCGCAUUUUCGGCAAAGAAUCUCCACAGAUUUUGUAAAUCUUCAGAAUGAGGAAUUCAAGCCUCUGUGUGGAGAAGUUGAUCUCACAGGAUUAGUCAUCAGUGUUGUAGAUCAACAGGGUUCCUCGCCUGCAUUUUAUUUGGUUGAUGGGAAAAAGAAUUUUGUGAAAGUGCGCUGCUUCAGCAGCUUGUCUCAGGCCGGCCUUGAAGACAUAGUGAAACCACGUGUUCUUUUGGCACUGAGUAACCUGCAGCUCAGAGGCCAGUCUAUACACCCCACUCCGGUUCUGUAUGCUGGGGAUCUGACUGUCUUCUCUACGAACCCCAAGGAGAUUCAUCUACAGGAAUCCCUUGACCAACUCAGAAACGUGGUACAGGUUCAGGACAACUUCUUUUUGACUGCUGAGGAAAAGCUUGCCCAUUCAAUCAAGUCUGAUGGAUCCUGCUCUUCAUCCUUGCAACCUGAAAUGCCAGUCGCUGCAAGAAGACAAGACUCAAAGACAAACGUGGCCUUUCUGAAACCAAUCAAAAGCCUUGGAUCAUUUACACCUGUCAGCAGUAACCUUCCUGCUGCAACAUCUUCAACAGAAAAAGACCCCAAAAGCUUGAAAAGAAAAAGAGCUUUGGAUUAUCUUUGUCGCAUCCCGUCUCCACCACCCAUCUUCCCCCUGGCCUCAGUGGUGUCUCCUUGUGUAAAAAAAACAUUCAACCCACCUCGAAGGUCUGGGCCUCCUAGCACCUUAAAGCCUGUACAGACUGCUACAAUAAAAGCGACUGAUUCUCUGGUGGAGGAUGAAUGGGUGAACGAUGAGGAACUGGCUAUGAUUGAUACUCAGGCGUUGCAUGUUGGCAAUUUAUUUUAGUUUUUAUAUAUAUAUUAAAACUGUACAAAGAAAUAAAUGUGAAAACUUAAAGUUGCUUAAAAUCCUGUGGUUGUAUUUGUCAUGUCCUUGAACAUAUUAAAGUAGUGAAAUUGCUCUUCACAUUAAAAGUCAUUGCUUCUGCA